AUGGAAGUACUGUUAGCCGUUUCGAAUCGCCAGCAGGGCUUGGCCACAAGCACUUCCGGUCUCCACUACCUCUGGACGUUUGGUCCCUCCGCCAUCUUCACUUUGAUCGGCGCUCUUUGGGCACGGAUCGAGUAUCAAUCAAAAGUCACCUCCCCAUGGUACAGGAUGACGAAAGGCCCUGCAAAAGCGGAUCAGUCUUUGCUGUUAGACUACUUGUCUAUGAUGCAGCCAGUAUCAGUCGUUAAGGCUAUCCGGAAUGGGGACUAUGCCGUAGCUGCCAUCAUAUCCACCUCCAUAUUGAUCAAAAUCAUUAUAGCCUUCUCAACUGGUCUUAUAACUUUGUCCGUGACAGAUGUAUCGCAUUCGUCGGUGCCAGUCACUAAACUGGAUAGAUUCAUUAACAGCACCGAGAAUUUCCACUCGGCCGGAGAUUUACCGUACUCAAUGAUGUAUGGUCUGGUUGAGCUCAACUUCACACUCCCUGAUGGUAUCACGGUGCCGUUUGCAUAUCCGCGAAUAACAUCUGAUCUACCUCCAGCUACCAAGUUUCAAACUACAUUGGAUGGCUUCUCUGCCGAUCUUGACUGUGAGCCAGCAGCGAUAAGUCUGGGUGCGGUAACAGACCAAACUGCCUGGCCCAAUUCUAUCACUAUGAAUUUGAGCUCUGUUGGUGGCUCUUCGGACUGUCAAAUUGCCACCACAGCACAAGGGCUAUACAAUAUAAGAGUGGACCAGCAUCGGCCAAACAUGACUUUUAGUCGAAUGGUAAACGGAGGUUGCGGAGGAUCGACGGCUUGCAUCUGUACCCCGACAUACAACAUAAGCGCUCUCGACAUCACUCGAAACAGCACACAGACACUAUCCGUAGCCCUUUCCAAUAAUUCAAACCCUACAAUGCUGGAUGGCAUUCAUGCAUGGGACCUAGUAACGGCUCUGUUGGCUUCGUACAGCAGUGCUAGCGCCAAUAUCGUUGGGAAUAUAGACUUUCAGCCAGACGAUAUUUAUAUUGAUCCGGAUGACAACUCGAUUACUGCAAUACGGCUUCGAAAUAUUACUGGAGAUGCUGACCCUGGAUUAUCAGCAUUUCCUUUUGACGAAGAAUUUAUUUACGAUAUGUGGCGGAAUUAUUGGCAGCAAUUUGCAGCGAUCAUAGCGUAUGAAUCCCUAAUGGACACUACGUCGACUCCAAUUACUGCGUCCGCUAUCACAAUGGAAGAUCGAUUGCUCCUGGUACGGACUGCCAAAGCACGGGACCUCCCAUCGAACCCGAGUUCUCUGAGUGGAAUAGCAUCCCUUCUCAUUCACAGCGAGCCUCUUCUAGCCUCACUGUCAGGACUGGCAUUAUCAGACCCGAAGGCUCUCUCGGGAGUGCUAGGCUGCUCUGAAUAUCAGAUUAGCGAGUAUCGAAGCGGCUCGAGAUAUUUCACUGUCACUGCUAUUGAUCAUAUACCAGAGAACGAUGAUCUUGAAGCAGCGGAUACUAAGCAGGAUCCCAAAUAUCCUACUGCUUUAUACCCCCUAGCAAGAGUUGCUAGCUUUUUAGCUUUGGCUGGAUUAAUCGCUGGGCUAGAGGUUGCAUUUCAAUUAUCAAAGAGCACUCGGGACUCGGCGAGUCUUGUUGGCCUUUACUUUGGCUUCCUGGAUUUCCAAGCUCGACGUAUGAUACCAUACAUAAAUUUGAGCUUCGGAAGUGUCUAUGACUCGUCGGCGGGACUAGACCUUCUGGAUCGCAGCAUGCCAUCAAUUAUAGUUGAGGAAAUUAGGACCGCCAACUACGCAGCUUUAUUUAAUACGAUGGCUCUUGGUAUCGCGUCGUUACUCACCAUCAUAUCAGCGUCCCUAUUCCAUACAGCGUGGAUCCCGACAGUAACACCAACGCAACUACAAACGGUGGGUUCUUUCAUAACAACGAAUAUGGGAUUAUUCGUCGGUGACUCAGGUGGACUCAGCCCAGAUACCGAAGGUGCGGUAGCUGCAUCAUUUCUAGUACUGGAGAGCAAUCUAACGUACCCUGCUUUCACUUACGAGAACCUUGCAUUUCCAGAAUUCCAAAUUCCACCCGAAUCAGUAAAACGCUACGUGGAUGACGAUGAUAGUUCAAAUUCGACUCUGAUGAUUAAUAUCACAGUUCCCGCCUUGCGGCCACGGUUCGCAUGCAGGCUGUAUGAUCCGACGAAGAUAGAAGCUAAUAUAACAUCUAAUGAUACAAUCACCUUAUAUAUCCCAGAUGAAGCCUACGAAACCUGUUCCUACUUCCUGGAUAGCAUCGUAACGCACUUGACGAUAGACUAUUCGGGAAACUCGACUGGAUUCUUCUUCGGAUUGGGUACGGGGAACACCUGGGGUACUCCGGACGAUGGGACGAACAUCGAAUUCCAUCGCUGCAGUUCAUAUAUGUGGGCUUGGGGUCAUGCAUCUACAUCGCCUCAACCGAUUGUUACAUCUGUAUCGGCUCUGGGCUGCAAUCAGACGCUGGAGGGCGUAGAUGUUGCCACCACCUUCUUCGGCACCGACUUGUAUAUCGAUCCAUCAUACCCGCCAAUACCCAAUGAAUCCACAGUAUGGGAGUCAAAUGCUCAGACGAGCACCGAGGACUAUGAUACGUUCCUAAAUAUUCCCUCAGUGGGCAGCCUAGACAGGUUUUUCAGCCUACUGACUACGUCGCACUACGGCGUUCCCGCCGACGCACUCGAAAACAUCUCACAGGCCCAGGCGGUGGCCGAUGCGAUUGUUACUCAACAAGGUAUUAUGGAUAUUCAGUCGAUAAGCUGGAGAAACAGGUACCCGGCGAGCAACACAAACGCGACGCUGGUCAAUGCACCAAUCGGCCUUCAGGCGGGUAACGACUCUAUUGCACAUAAUGGGACCCUAAUCAACACAACAGGAACAGAUCGCGUUCUCCAGGACGCAGCGGCCACAAGAAUACUAGAAGCAAUACUGGGCGCAGUCCUGGCCUUCUCGGCAUUAGGUUGGCUGUCCAUGCAGAACACAAGACUGCUUCCUUGCUGCCCAACUAGCAUCGCCAGCGCGGCUGCGCUGCUGGUCGAUGGAAAUGUAGUACAGUUCCUCGCUCGCGGUGUCGAUAAGACCUUCGAUGGUGAUCUCUCUCGUGCUUUUCCGCGGGGAACAAUGUUCCGGAUGGGAUGGGGCCAGGUGGGCUGUGAAGCGGCAACUAUGGUGGACCGAUUCAUGAUUGUUGCCAUCCCUGCCCGCGAUGCGAAGCAGGAAGAUGCUCUUGUCUCAAGCUCUGGUGGCAUGCUUGCUCCUUGAUCCAAGGUUUGCUAAUGACCUGAACCCUCAGUAUAGUACAUCUCUCUAGUUUGUAUAGGUGGCUCUUACUCAGUGGCUGUUGCGAGUACUGGUGAUGUGGAGGAGUGGUGGCAAGUAGAUGUG